AUGAAUAUUGAAGUUGAAAAUAAAAAGAUAGAAGCAAUAAUUUAAUGGUCAAAAGAGUUGUUUAGUUUGGAAGGACAAGUUAAAAGAUUUAGUGCAGGUUGAGAGCAAUUAUAAAUUAGAAAUGAAUGAAGUCGUAUAAUUAUGUACCAAGGAGAAAUAUGAAUUAAAUUUUGUUUAAAAUACAAAAUCAAAGAGAUGGAUUGAAUUAGAUGUAAUAAUGAUUAUAAUAAAAUAGAUUGGAAUAAAAUAAAAAAUAGAAGUUUAUGCAAAUAAUGAAUUAUAAAAUAUAGAUUUAAUAGUAUUUACAAUAUAAAUUGGUGCAUAAUAUCCAGUAAAAGAUGUUAGAAUAGUAUGCAAAACAACAGUAAUUACAAUUAAUUAGUUAAGUUUGUUAGACCUACUUUGGCAGAUGGUAGAAAUUUGAUAGCAGAUGUAUUAUUAUAGCCAUGGAAUUAUAAAUUAUCUUUGGUUUCAAUAAUAAAAUAGAUUCCAUCAUUUUUAGUAUAGAAUAUGAUAAUUAUUAAUAGGAUCGUGUGUUAUUAAAUAGAUUUGAUAAGAUUUAUCUUUAAAAUAUUGGUUAAUAUUAUUUAGGUAGUUCAUAUUCAAUUGAUGAAUUGAAAGAUUAUCCAGAUUUAGCAAGAUUUCCAACAAUUUAAUAAUAGAAUGCUUUUUUCUAAAAUAUAUAAGUGAGGUAAUAAAUAUUAGAAUAAUUAAUAAGGUUGAUUGGAUUAAGUGAUGCUCAUUUUUAUUUAUUUGAAAUGAUAGAUGGAAAAGAUGAUUAUGUUAGAUUAAUUUUUAGAGCACCACUCUAGAGUUGUGUAUAAUUAAAAAGAAAGAAAGAUAAUAGCACAUAAUUAUCAAUAAGUUGGAAAAAUUAUAAAAAUAAAUAAGAAGAACAAUAAAUAUUUACAAUAAAUGAAUACGAUAAAUUUAUAAGGUUAUUUUUAAGAAGAUUAAAUUAAUACCAACAUGUAAGAAUGACAUCAAAUUCUUAUAUGGUUUUUGGCGAUUAGUAACAAGCUGAGAAAUAAAAGAUCAACUCAAUAAUGAAAAAUUUAAAUCAAUUAGAAAAUGAGAUUGAUAAGAAAUUCAAUUAAUAGACAAUUAAUAAACUUAUGGAUUUAUAUCAAUAAGUAAGAUUUUAUUUUUGAUAAUAUGUUAUUAGGCAAUUGAAUUCUAUUCAUCUGCCAGUGAUUACUUGUAUGAGAUCUAUUUGAAUAAAUUGUAAACAUUGAUACAGAGAUAAGAUGUCUAAGUUAUUUUAUAAUAUAAAUGAUAAUUUUAUUUUAACU